AUGGCUGAUAUUAAAAACGUUAUAUCCUCAAUUUCAAGCAGUUUAAAUGAACCAACGAAAGAAGACAUUAUAUAUUUGGGGGAAUGUAGCGUAACAGGGCACAAGGACAUCUUCGAUGAGGGGGUAUUUAUCGAUUUGCUGUCGUUCGAAAGCUUCAGUUUGAAGUGCUUGAAAUAUAAUUACAACCGAUUAAAUCCAGCAAGUGUUAGUAAAAAACAUAGGUUUUAUUUAAAUAUAAAAAAAAAGAAAAAGCUACUAGAGAACAUAGAAGAAAAGAGUGAUAUAACAAAUUUGAAUCUAAACGCGAAAGGAGGUUUUAACGAGAAAAAGGUCUAUGAAUAUGAGUGGAAUUAUUCUAUUUAUGAUUUUGAAACGGGUAUAUAUAUAAAAUUAGAACAACUAGAUGAAAAUACUAGAAAAAUAUGUAACAGUAUAAUAAAUCACAAAAAUGAAUUGAAAAAAGAAAGUAUAAACAAAUGGGUUAAUGAAAUUAAGGAGAGUAAAUAUGCAAAAGAUUUGAUACAACUACCUAACAUUAGAAUAAAGAAUGAGCAUAUAGCUUGUGCAGUUUGUAAGUCUACAAAAAAUAUUUGGUUAAAUUUAUCAGAUGGGUAUAUCGGUUGUGGUAGAAAAAUUUAUAAUUAUGGAGGUGGUUGUUUAAAUAAUGAGGAGGGAGCAUCCUUAAAACAUUAUUAUGAAAGUGGUAAGAAAUAUCCUCUAGUUGUUAAGUUAGGUACUAUAACAAAAGAAGGAGAAGCAGAUGUUUUUUCUUAUGCAGAUGAUGAAAAUGAUAGUGUAAUAGAUCCAUAUAUUGCCGUACAUUUAAAAAAUUUAGGUAUAAAUAUUAUGAAUUUAGAAAAAACAGAAAUUACUACUUUAGAAAAAGAAAUACAAGAAAAUCAAAACAUUAACUUUUCAUCCAUACUAGAUAAAGAUAUACAGACAGUAUGUGAACAAGGAAAAGUUGGUUUCAUCAAUUUAGGUAAUACCUGCUAUAUGAAUAGUGCAUUACAAGUUUUGUUAUCAAUUAAAGAUAUUAGUUAUAGGUAUUACAACAAUAUGUAUGAUUUUUUACUUAGUUUAGAUUUUAAAAAAAAAACACAUGAAGAUAUGUUUUUACAGUACUCCAAGUUGUGUUAUAUGAUAUAUCAACCAGAUGAUUAUAUUAAAAAAAAAAAAAAUUAUAUUAAAAAAUUUAAAGAAGAAUGUGUAGAUAGAAAUAUACAAGUAAAUUAUGAUAGUGACAUAGAUGAUGAAAAUUGUGUAAGCAUUAAUCCGUCCAUGUUUAGAAAUUGCCUUAAUCAAAAAAGUAACUCCUUUAGUAAUAACAAUCAACAAGACAUAUAUGAAUAUUUGUCCUUCCUUAUAAAUGAACUAAUUGAUAAUGAAAAUAAUAUAUUCGAUAGAACAUUAAAAAGUAAUAACAAUAAGCGGAAAUUGGAGAAUGGGGAUAACGCAGAAUACGGUCAGUAUAACCAAGAGGGGGAGGCGAAUAAAAGCGAAAAAAUGAUGGAAAGUACUGCUACUUCCACCAUUAUUACUGGUUCCCCAAAAGCGGAAAGGGAAAAGUCCAUAUUUAACUACUUUACCUUCGAAAUAGAACAGACAAUAGUGAGUAACGAAGAAAAUAAAAGUGUGAGCUCCUUUCAAAAUAUUAUAUUAUCUCUGGACAUUCCGCUAGACAGUAUUAUAUUAAAAAAAAAUGAACAGGAGGAAUUAACAAAUGUUAAAAUUUCUUUAUUAGAUUGCUUAAAAAAUUAUAUUAAAAAAGAUCAUAUAGAUGAAUACUAUUGUGAAAAGGAGAAAACAAAAGUUUCCGCUCAUAGAGUUAUGAAAUUCAAAUCAUUCCCUCCUUAUCUUUUCAUUCAUCUCAAACGUUUUUAUGCUGAUGAAAACUGGUGCGCUAAAAAAAUUAACAUACCCGUGGAAACGGACGAAUAUAUUAAUCUUGAGUUUAUGAGGUCUGAAAACGGUGCUCACUCGGGUAAUGAUGGCGAUCAUAACAACGAUAACAAUAAUGUUAAUAAUGGUGUUAACAAUGACAGUCGUUCAAGGGGCAUUCCAAACAGUGCAAACAACAACAAUCGAAAUUCCGAGAGUAAUAUUUUAGAACAGUAUAAAGAGCUUGUUGAAUCAUUAUUAGAUUUUGGUUUUGAAAAAGACAAAGUAAUUGAAGCCAUUAAAAAAGUUAAAGUAAAAAAUGUAAACAAUUGCAUAUCAUAUAUUUAUGGAGAAGAUUCAGUAGAGUUAGACCUUGAAGCAAAUGACAAUAAAACAGAAAUUUAUACGAAUAAUUUGGAUUCUAUUAUUAGUAUGGGAAUAAAAAAAGAAGUGGCCAUGGCUUCUCUUUUGAUAAAUAAAAAUGACCUACAGAAAUCCAUUGAUUAUAUUUUUUCAAACAUGGAUCUCCUCACUGACAGCAAAUGCGACUUGAUUAUAAGUAGCAACAAGUGCGACGAUGGAUUGGCUAAUUAUGAAUUAGUAGCGUCCAUCGUACACAUAGGGAACAAUGCAAAUUCAGGGCACUACAUAUGCUACAUAAAGGACAAUUCUCAGUGGUACGUGUGCAACGACAAUAAGAUUGGUCUAUGUGGUGCAAAUUUGGGCAAGGAUGUGGCAUAUAUUCACUUAUACAAAAGAGUCUAA